AUGCUCCUCACAAUCCACCGCAGCCCCUUCUGCGAGAAGGAAGAAAUAACACUCCGCAUCUCCACAAUUAUUACCGAUAUGCUUCUCCAUCCCCAUCCGUCCGUCGAAGUUGUCGUACAGGAAGUCAACCAAUUAUAUCUCCAGUGGUCACAACAAAAUUUGGAGGAGGAACUUGGACGAGAUGAAAGCUCCUUCCUGUGGUGGCUUUGGACUGAAUUCUGGUUCAUCGUACCACAAAUACCAUAUCACUCUCCUGCCCAAGAAAUCUCAGUAAAGUUCGCCGCCGCUAAGCAAGAUGUACACGAUGAUUUGGAUCGCAAGUGGAGGGUAUUGGACGAUUUUGGAAUGGCUGCAUGGGAAGCCCAGAAUGAUACCGAGCAAGGCACCCAAGAGGAAAUUAACCUCUACUCCUUCAGCGCAAAACUAACGCGAGACUCAAUCCGAGACUUCUCCACAUGGACCAUCUAUUCUUUCCGAGACAUCCUGGAAGACGAACCCUCACCCACCGCACCAGCAUGGUGGCGCGCUCAGGCCACUCAGAAAGGCGCUCCCAGAAUAGACGCACGCCUUCCCGUUGCAGCGCUGUGGAUUGAUAUCAUUGGCGAAAAACUGCUCAGGUCUGAUCAGUAUCGUGGUUCUGGUGCGAAAGGAGUCGGUACAUGGAAGGGAAAGAAAGCCGGGUUUUGUCUGGAGAGAUGGCGGCUGUGGAAGAGGAGGUUUGAGGAAAUUUCGGUGGAUAAGCAUGUUAGUGAGAAGACGAGGGGGAUUGCGAAGAGGACUUGGGAGAGGCUGGGGGUUAUUGAGGGGGAGAAUAUGGAUAUUAUUGAGAGGGCGGAGAUCUUUGCUGAGUGGAUGGUGGAUUUUGAUCCUUCUGCUUUUGGGAGUUGGGCAUAUGAUCCUGAAGCUGGGCGACGACGUGGGAAGAAGCGGAAAAAUUGA